CCUACCUACCUACCUUUGGUAGGCCUGGCCUCGUCUUGUCUCGUCUCGUAGAUGUAUGUGACAAUAUGUAACAGGAUAGGAUACAUAGGAUAGGAUAGGAUACCAUAGGAUGUCAUAGGACAAGCCAGGACAAGCCAGGACAAGACAACACAGGGCAGCCGCGGUUGAUUUUUAGGUCGGAUUAUUCAUUUUCUUUGAUGAUUGGUGAGGAGGUGCUGAAUUUGAUGUUGGAAGUUGGGAGUGUAUAUAUAAAACAAGAUUAUGGCUGGCUGGCUGGUUGUGGUUUGCGGUUUGCGGUUUGGGUUACUAGGUACUUAAAUAUAGAGGUGAUUGAUAUAUGGAAGGAAGGAAGGGAUUGCGAAUUUGUUUGUUUGUUUUUAUUAUGAUACUUUAUUUGAUUUAAAAAUUUGAUGAGAAUAUCUAUAAGAAAGAUUUUUUGAAUUUUGGAAGAAAUUGAGGGAACUUGCUUUCGCGAUUGGGGUUCGAGAGGAGAUAUUUUAAAUGUAACGAAGGAAGGAAAGAGAGAAAGAGAAAGUGAUUAUUGACUUGGUUUCUUUACUUUUGAUUCUGAAUCUGAUUUCGAUUUCGCUUUGAGGAUAUACAAGAUACGAGGGGUUUCAGUGUAAGGAUUUACGGGUUAAAGGAAAGAAUAGCAGAGGAUAGCAAAGAAGGAUUCACCUUUCUUGACAGGAUCAUUUGUGAAUACCUUCAAAAAACGUCAUACGAGGAUUUGAUAUCAGAAGAAUAUCCUCUAUCCAGUCUUCCAUCUAUCCCUUCGAACUCACAAUCGAUACGACGUCUACGUACUUACCACUUUUCAAACGACUUCCACUCCUACUUAAAACACAACACCAACACACGAAUAGAUAAACAAACAAACAACCAAAAAUGUCAAUCCUCGAACGUAUCAAUCCGCUUGGAUACGGCAUAGGACGAACGACACAUGCUCUAUGGCGAUUUCUGCAAUUCGUAUUAGCACUCACCGUCAUCGGAUUAUAUGGAACUGAUCUCGCAAAUGCGAAUAAACAGCAUAAAUAUUCCGAUGGGAAAUGGGUCUACGCCGUAAUAACUGGUACCCUCUCCGCGCUCACCUCCCUCCUGCACCUCAUCCCCCUCUUCAAUCUCAUCCCCGUCCUCUUCCUUUGGGACGCUAUCCUUUUUAUCCUCUGGAUCGCCCUCUUCGGUCUCUUUGGAAAUAUGUACAUAGGUGAGAAAGCGGAAGGGAAUGCGGGGGUACAGAGGAUGAAAAAUGCAGUCUGGGUGGAUUUGGUAAAUGCGCUUUUGUGGGCGGGGAGUGUAGCGGGAAUGGUGCUUUUUUGGAGUAGGGAGAAGAGGACCAGGUGGACGGGGAGGGCGAGGGGGAGGAGUGGGAGUCCGGGGGUUUGA